CAUCGCUGAUUCGUAUUGGCAAGAUGUCUCUGUUGUGAGUCGCGACUCGCGCAACGAUAUUUUCUUUCCAAAACAUACAAACAGCGAUUGACGAAGAUUCUUGGAUUUUUAUGGUGAUCGAGUUCCGUGAGAAAGCCAUCCGAAGAUGAGCGCUAGGCUUCUGAAAGAUCCUGCCACCGCGUCCAGCCGUAUAUUUGUUGGUCAUUUACAAACUGACGAUGUUACAAAGCUAGAGCUGGAGGAACAUUUCGCCAAGUACGGCACUGUCAUAGCGUCAAUAAUAAACAGAGGCUUUGGAUUUGUACAGUUCGAAGAGGAGCAGUCAGCGCAGAAGGCUAUUCAAAAUGAAGACGGUGCAAUGUUUAAAGGCAGACGUAUAGAUGUCAGACCGGCGAAGAAAGAUAACCAAUCUGGUGGUAGUGGAAAUGCCGGGAAUUCAAAUGCAAAACAAAUGGGUGGAUCAAAUAACCAAUUUAAUCCCAUGAAUAAUCAAUUCAAUAAUUCAAAUGAAUCAUUUGGUAUGAAUAAACCAAAUUAUACUGGUGCAAUAAAUCAGAACUUUGGGAAUGACAAUACCUUUGGCAACAACCAAAAAGAUUUGAACGCUCAAUCUAGAAGCGGUGGAAAUAAUCACUUUGAUGAUGGAAAUCAGGUUGGAAAUAAUGAUAAUGAUCAAUUUAAUGGAAAACUUAAUAAUAAUAAUGGAAAUGAUCAUUUUAAUAAUCCCACGCAAAAUCGUGGAAAUAAUCAAUUUAAUAUGAAUAAUCCAAAUCGUGGAAAUGAUCAGUUUGUUACCAGCGGCAAUCAAAACAGAGGCACUAACAAUCAAUUUGGAAAUAACCAAAUGGGAAAUCAGAACAGGCCUGGAGGAAUCCCAAAUCGAAAUCAAAUUAAUCCGGGUAAUAACCAAAACCAAAAUGCCAGUGGUGUGGGCCUUGGCGGCAGAGCUCGUGGGACGAGAGGUGGAAAGAACAGAAAUAAAAAUAAUCAGAACAAUCCCAACAAUCCGAACAUAAAUAAUUUCAGAGAUCGAAGUCCAAUUAAUAGGAAUAAUCGGAUGGAAGAUCUCAAACAAGGAGAUAGAUUACGUAACAACAAUUUUGCUAGAGAUUCAUUCAAUGACAGUGGAAAUCGUUACGAUGAAUUCAAGGCGUCUGGAACUCGAGAGGCAAAUGCGAAUUUUGGGAACACAAGUGGAUCAUCUGAUUAUCUUGCCAUUGCAGCUGAGAAGAAUGACUGUGAAAUUAUUGUCGUUAAUAAAGCGUUGACGAAAUAUGCAGAAGAAAUCGAAUUACGUUUGAAGCAAAUCGGUUUAAUGGUAGAUUUGCUGUUUCCGAAUGAAGAUGUUCCUCUGAGUCGUGUUUUGGGAAAUAUAGCGAGUCGAGGUUGUCUGUACGCCGUAGUCGUUACGCCUAUCAACCACGAGCAUCAUUCCUUAACACUGAAUAUUCUACACGGCUCGCCACAAGUUGAAGAACACAGAAACAUGCCCGUUGAAGAUGCUAUAAAUUUCAUUUCUCGAGAUUUUACGAAUUAUAAAGCUGGUGGCCGUUCAGUCCCUUUGAACACACCUCUUGCAAACGAACGUCAUCCGGAUGCUAUACAGGUUCUUCUCAAUAUGCUGGCCGAUAAUCAUCAGCUCACAGUUCUGCAAUACGAUCGUGUCAUAAAGUAUCUCGAUAUGAAACGCGAAGAGCAAGUGCAAGUUGAAUUGGGCGACGCGAAAGAUUUACCGAUAAAAACCUCGCUCGCGCCAGUCAACGAUCCGAAACAGGCCGAAUUACAAACGAGAAUACUAAAUAUUCUAAAUAAUAGUAAAAGUGCACCGCCUGUGGUAGAGCCAAGUCCGGUACCACCACCGACUUCAGCACCAACUCCUGUACCACCAGCUAAUUGGGGAACAGCAUCAAAUGCAGUCACAUCGUCCACGACAACCUCGUCUACAGGAGUUUCGCCAUCGCCUCUCCUAAAUGAUCCGACAGUUCAGAAAGCUCUUGACAGUCUUUUGCAAGGUAAUCUGUUAAAAAACAUCGGCGAUCAACAACAACCGCCACCUGCGGCAACAACUGGAGCACCAUUAUUCGCUGCUUUCUCCAAUAUCGGUAGAUUUUAACCACCACAUGAAUGUUAUUACACGAUCUUAUAAAUUUUAGAAUUUUACUUUUCUGAUUUUAUUCCGUACUAAAUAUACAAUCGCGAAAACGCAGUCAACAAUAAGAAGACGUAGAAGCGACAUUGCAAACGUAAUAAAUAUUUUAGUACAUUGUAUAUUAAUCAUGUAAAAUGAUAAAUUCGAGAUAAGUUUACAAUAAUUCUCUAAAUUGCACAAUUAUAUAAUUCAGAUAUUCGCAUAAUUAUUGUUACUGCCUAUGUGUAUGGUAUACAUCGUUGAUAACAUACUUCUCUAAAUAGCUAUGUAUUUAAACUGCUUUAAUAAACAUUAUAUAUUAAUUUAUCAGAGAUAUUUUAUACGUACUUCAUACGUAUAUUUUGCCAUUUUGCCAUUGCGCACAAAUGCAUGGAUACGUGGUUAGGCAAUGUACACGUGCACACAUCUAAAAUACUUUCAAAACAGAAAUUUCUUAUGUUUCACAAUCAUUAUCAUUAUAUAUAAAUAUGUAAAAAUCAUUUUAUAUAACUUGAAAAGGUAAUUAUGAAUGUUAGGCAAAUAUUCAAUAUAAUUAAAGAUAAUCCCUCUUUUUAUUGUAUGAAAAUCAUUUUAAUCUUCAUGUUCCUAUUUUAUUAAUUAUAGCGUAUUCUAAUGUUAUCCACAAUAAUUGUUUGUCCGAUAAAAAAUUACAAUAUAAUAUUGUAAGUAUUUAGGUAGAUUAUUAGUAACCAAUGUUUAAUGUAUUUAAAAAUUUUUUUUAAUUAUUAAAAGUUACAUAAGUUUAUAUAAAUUUUUUAAGUGAAAUUAAUAAUAUAUUUAAGUAAACAUAAUUGGUAGAUAUAUUUUAGCUUUGUCAAUAUUGGCUAUAGUGCGUAAAUUUAUAUCUGAAGCAAAAAGGUGUAAAUUUUAUUAGCUAUUAAUGUGCUUCAAUUAUGUAAUAUGUCUAAAAUAUAUUGUGUCUAAAAAAAA